AUGAGUGAUCCAGCUCGCUAUCCGCCGCCCUCCCAUUAUCGCUACCCCGUCCACCCUAAUCCGGCGAGCUUCGCAUUGCGCCCGGGCAUCCACCCGUAUUAUAACCAUUCUCCUGCUGGUGGCCUCCCGAAUCCCGCCCUUAACGAUCCAGCCAAUCAUAACCCCACUUAUGCAACAGACGAACAUUACCCCUUUCCGCCCGCUGUCCCACCCUGGCCUGGUCUCCCACCCGGUGGGCCUGUCGAGCACGACUAUCAUUGGGCUCAUCCGCCACCACGUCCUUACUACGGAAAUUUACCCGGUGGGGUUGAGCCCCAUCUACACAUGGACCAAUUUGCUAAUCCGAUGGAUCAAUAUCAUAAGCGAAUGAAGUGGCGAGAGGAACUCUUGAAAGGUGACCCCGAAAAGGCUAUCAACGAUAAUAAGUCAGAUGCUUCAAGAUUGGUUGUUUCCUUAGUCACUCGUGGCCCUGUCGAUCAACCCUAUGGUCAGGGCCACGAAUUCCUGUUCUUUGGAUCCCUUCGAAAACAUCCUCAUUACCCACCCACCCCGGCCAACGUCCAGUUCACUUGCUUCGCUCUCGAAGCCUCUCCUAUCUUUCCGUUAAACGGAGGCGAUGUCAUUCCUAGUGCUCUUGACAUGUCCAAGAAAUCGCUCACCGCAUUAAUGCCAAAAUUAGAUGUUGCUAAAGAUUUGAAGUUGGUACGGAAAAGCAAACCUCUAUUAUGGGACAACACGACGAUUUUAGAGACAUUCCUGUACAGGGUCGUAGAAGGAAAGGAAGACCCAGAAUCUGCUGGCGGGAGAGACUUAGCGGAGCGCCUUGGCCCCGGAGACACAUAUCUGGAAACUGAUCAGCUCACAGCGCUUACCACGAAAUCAUGGAAGAUGUCAAGAGGCGAUGAUGUAAUCGCCACUGCAAUUGUUUCUGUAUAUUUGCCGCCAUACUUGAGUUCUGGUUUCGAUCGCAUUUUAGCCGAUCAAGAUUCUCGCGCUGAUGUGCUUUCUUUGGCAGCCCUGAACGUUCUAUAUCAUUGUGUUACGACUCAAUUCGCACGCGAAGCCUUUCUACAUUAUCCUAUCCCACCACCACCGGAACGUCAAAAGGAUUAUGAGCUUUGCGACAAACGUAGGGUAUGGGCUUAUUGGACCGAGGUGAUAGCAUGGCAUUUAUCACAACUCCGAGAAGAUGCUCAAGUUUCAACUUCGUAUACACUUUUGAAGUCUCUGUACAAUGUCAGAGCCUCGGUCGAUGACACGAAGGUCUCCUUGAAUGAACUUGAGGCCAUCAUGAUCAAUGCCAUUGCGUCCGAAGCCGAUCGAUCGAGACAUGCGACCGAAACACUGGUUCACGAAGGGAUCAGUGAAUGUCUUCACAAUCCCACUUUUGCACCACCAGAAAAUGCAUUAGAAAAGAUGCACAUCAUCACUGCUGGAACUUCUUCAGUGAUUUACCAAGUGAUUGCUAAACUGAUCACCCACGUUCUUGCCCGCAAGCCCAGCCUGACGGAAAGCAGUAGUAAAUCGACUGUCAACAGAAGAAUAAUGGAUCUGAAGAUCACCAUUGCUGAGAGUCGGCCACUUAGCGAGGGUGUGACGCUUGCCAUGAGACUCAGCCAUGUUGUCGACACAUACCUUGAAUAUCGAGACCGUGGAUCGAAACAUGCCAGACAGGGAUCUGCACCACCCUCUGUCGCCGAUCUCGGACCGUCGGUGUUGGAUCCUAAGUUGCAAGCUCAGAUGAAGCAGGAAAUGUCGGCUGCUGAGCAGCUUCGUAGCUUGCACCGGUUGCAACCCUCCUCCCUGGGCCUAUCCAAAUUGCUAGCAGAUUUGGAUGCCAAGAAGGAAAAGAAGGAGCCCAAGGUGAGCAUCGAACUUAUCACGGACGCUGCCGUUGUCAGUACGGUUAUGGCUGCUGGGGGCACGAACGUGAAGCCGAUAAUUUUGUUAGGUGCUGAUCGGAUUUUCUCGAACGGAGAUGUCGUUAAUAAAGUUGGCUCUGCACAGAUGGCAUGGGCUGGUAGAUCUAGUGGGGGGAUUGUCUUGAUCCUCUGUCGAGCUGAUCGGAUCCAUUCUACUGGUAUGGCCGGGCCAUCAAAGGCCAGCAGCCCUUCGGACCAGCUAACCGCAGCUUGGGAACCUACUCUUGGUCGAGAGAUGAUCGCACAAUUGCAGAAAUCAAGUCAUGUUCAGAUUAGCAACCCUACUUUUGAGGAUGUCAAUCACGAUGAUAUCACUGGUUAUAUCACCGAGCUCGGUUUUAUGGGCCAUGAUAUGUUGGCGGAGUUUUCGAAUAUGAGAUCUGACUUGGAAACGCUAGUCUGGCCAGAGAAUGCGUUGACGAAAUGA